CACCUCCAUCCAGCAAUGGUUGACUGUGGUCCAUCCUGUGCUGUCCCAUCCUGGGCCUCCACCCCCACUGUUGGGUUUGGAUCAGCAGGAGGUCUUGGCUAUGGUGGUCUCGGCUCUGGAUUGGGAGGUCUCGGCUAUGGAUGGGGAGGUCAGGGCUUCGGAUUUGGAGGCCUGGGCUAUGGAUAUGGAGGUGCUGAAAGAGCAGCCAACCUCGGAGUCCUGGCAGGAGUUGCCCCAUCAUGCGUCAACCAGAUCCCACCAGCAGAGGUCGUGAUCCAGCCACCUGCCUCCGUUGUGACCAUCCCAGGGCCCAUCCUCUCUGCCAGCUGUGAGCCUGUGGCUGUUGGAGGCAACACCCCAUGUGCUGUUGGUGGUUCCGGGAUCGUAGGGGGUUAUGGCUAUGGAGGGUGGGGCCAUGGGUCUGGCCUCCUUGGAAGCUCUGGGGGCUGGGGCUAUGGUUUGGGCUACGGGAAGGGGGCACUCCUUGGCAGGAGGUUUGGGCGUCGUGGUAGCAUCUGUUCAUAAGCCAAUUAAUCCCAAGAAGAAUAUCCUGAACUGAUAUCCACGGAGCUUGAUGCAGAUCCUUUGACGUUGCGUCAGAAGAGCUGAAUCUAAAUAACCAUGGCUGAAAAAUCACACAAACACCCUUUGUUUUAAAGUAUAGAAGAAUAAGAUCCUUCCACACUGUGUG